CCCGUGCAGCGAAGGGCGCGGCGUGCCCCGCAUGGGCGGCAGGGAGGCGGAGGGCGGCCCGCCUCCCUCCACACCACGCCGCAACACACCACUUCCUCUACUAACACCGUCCCGCCCCACCACCACCACCACCACCACCAUCACCACCACCACCUCCACCAGCAGCAGCAGACGGCGGCGGCGGCGGCGGCAGCGGCUGCGGCGGCGGCCCAGGAGGGCGUGGAGGUUCGGGGGCUGCAGGGCGUGAGCGCGGGGGAGCUGCUUGGUAAGACUCACGAGGAGCUGGUGCUGCUCCUGAUCCAGCUGCGGCGCCACCACUCGGCGCUCCAGGCGGCCCGCCACCACGCCCGCCUCGAGAGAGACUCGCAGGCCCGCCUUGCGCACCUGGACGGGGAACACCGGGAGGACCACCUGCGCCGCCUGGCUGCCCUUAACCACCACCUGCACGAUCUUGAUAAGCAGUAUGAGAUGGGCAAACCCCUCAUCAACCUUGUAGACAACAUGGUCAAGCUUGGGUCGCUGUAUCGAGGCGGCGACUCGAGGCUGUCUGCUCCUCGCGAUUCUCAGAGGCCGAGGUCGUACUAUCCAGCAGAUGGCUAUGACUCUCUUCAGUUCUCAAGAAGAAUUCAGGAAAGGAGAAUAGUAGCAGAAGACAUGCAAGAAUAUGAGUUGGCAGCGGCAGAUCAGGCUGACUUAGAGGGAAAAGUGAUGCAAUUGUAUAAGUUGGACAAGAACCUACAACAAGAGUCACUGACCAUUCAGAGCUUGCAGAGAGAGAAGGAGAUGCUGGAACGCACCCUAGUAAACCUGAAUUCCAAGUCUCACGGAGCAAAUGAGGGACCAGUAGAACUUGAACGGAGAAAGAAACAGAGACGGCACUUGGAACACGAGCUAUCCAAACUCCGUGCUCACCUUGCUGUGUCUGCAAGGAAAUUAGAAGAGACUGCCGCUGAGAACAGCCGGCUAGAGCAUGAGAUGAUGAUGCUUCGCCAAAAGAUUCAGGUAACCAUGGCACGCAACUGCCAGAGGGAGUCAAGCAGCAGUGCUGAAACACGCCACAUCGAAGCAGAAAUGGUUCGCGUGCAAACACUGUUAGAAGAUCUACAGAGACGGAGAAUUGAACUGAGUCAUCAGAUCCAAAGAUUAACAUCAAGUAACCCAGGCAUUGAGCUGAGACCCUCCCCCACUGGCGUAGUGGGUGCUGCCCCUGUGCCUGCAAGGAAGAGAAGAAGCACUUGGCUUGAGACUGACCUGGACGCCAUGAUAACGAGGGAUAGGGGCUUAGACCCACCUGAGGAUGAGAGGAUGCCCAGUCACCCUGUGUAUGUGAAUGCUUCAGGAUAUCCAGACAAGGUUGGGCCCAGUGAUUACCCUGAAAGUCCGGACUAUAUAGAUACAGACUAUCCACCACCUCCACCUCCUCCUGAGCAUAUGCGGUCAUAUAAUGAACUCCUUGAUAGCCAAACGUCAUUGGCAGAUCAUUUCCUGAAUGAACAUCUAUACCUUCAUAAUUAUUCAGCUUUAGGAGAAUCUGAUCAAAUACAGCCUCUGUUAAAUGGGGACCUUGGAGGAAGUGCCUUGCUGGGGCUUGACCGUGAUGCUGCAGAUAACCAACCAGAUGGUGAAGAGCAGCAGCAGUCUGGGAGCCAUCUGGAUAUCAAUGAUGCAGAUGACAGAAUGAAGAGAUAUUAUGGUAUCCUCCCUAAAGAGAAACCACUGGAAAUAAAGACUGUGCGCAUAGUGAAGAGAGAGUCAACAGAGCGAAAGAAGGACCGUAGUGUUGGUGGAAAGCGGGUGACGAUCGGAGAGAACAACCUGACUUACGUGACGGAAGAUGACAUUGAGAGCGACGGUCUGUCAGACGUUGAGAAUGAACCGCCCAUUCCUUCCUUUGCUUCAAGGUCAGCCUCACUGCCUCGGAACUAUGGACGAAAUGGGCCAGGAGAACGUGUUAGCAUGAUGGCAGCAAUGAUGAGGACGAGUGUUGGAAAUGCAGGCACCAUGACACGACCCAAUAAUUUAGCUCUGAAGAAAUCAGCCGAGUGGAAGGCUAAGAAUGAGAACCUCAAAGGUCGCCCAUUGAGUGCACAUGAGCAACUUUUUGGCUUUUCUCGAGAAGCCGAGCAAACCCCCCCAGCCUCCCCCUCCAAGUCGGAUCCCCCCUCCCCUGUUUUCAAAAGUGCCGCUGCACAAGAGAUUAUAAAGGAAAUGGCCUCUGAGGCCGAGAAACACAGGCGAUCCGUUCCUAAAGAGAAGCGAAGGCACUUCACGAUCUCUAGUAGUCGGCCCCUCAUGCUAGAGACGAGAGAUACAGGUCUUGAGGAGGGUGCCAGAUCACGUGACGACUGUGAUAUGGUCAGAGCCUUGAGACCACGAAAUCAUCCUGAUGUUGUUAAGUCAACACUUAGCACAAGAGAUCUCCGAUUUAAUGAGACAACAAUUGAUUCUAUACUUGGUGCUCCAGAUAAGAUAUACAUUCCUGAGCGAUAUAUGCCGGAUGAGGAUGAUGAGAAAGAACCAACAGAAGAAGAGCGGGCACAAAGAGAGCAGAAAGCAGAAUCGAUCCGGAAGAUGCUCAGUGAAACGCAAACAACUGUCACCGCCACUGACAACCCAGAAGUCAAAAGUGAGACGAGUGAAACGGCGGCCAGUUCCUCCUCAGCUUUCAAAGCCAAGAUUGCAGCAGAGAAGAAGGAACGAGAACAUCUCCUUGCACUGAAUCAAAUCCUUGCUCGUCAGGUCAUGGAGAAAAGCCGUGUAGUUGCAGUACGAGCUCUUACAAUGCUGACCAAGCAACCUAGUUCUUCCGACGAUGACCUGUCACCAAUGCAGCCUCUUCCUCUUGUGCAGCAGCGGGAAAACUACCUCGUCUAGACAACCAGACCCCAACUUCCUUGUCUGGGAUACCUCGGAAACAAUUUUUCUACGAAUUGGUUUCCAUGGGUGGGGGGGGACAAGAACAGCAGCCUAGUCUAACAUGUUAUUUUUAAAACAGGAUGUGAGUGAUAAUGAGACAGCAAAAAUGUUUUGAUAGUGUGAAAGUCCUACAUAGUAUCAAAAAAAAAAGUAGUGCUGUAUGUUCUCCCUGUUUUCAAGUGUGAUGGUCUUGACUGUCUGAAGGAGAUGUAUAGUGAGUUACAUAGGCUUCCGGAGUCUCCUUCAGGUUUAAUGUACUAGACGAUGUGAUGCGUUCACUUAGAUUGUGAAAGUUUUUUUUUUUUUCAUGAUGAUUCAUGAGAUUAUUGUCUGUGAAAGUGUAUCAUAUUUUUUUUCUUCUGAAGUGUGUUCUUUCAGAAUUUAGAUUUGACAUUAUUUGAUAAAUUGGGGACAUCAUUCACCAUUUUGAUAAAAUGUAAUGUGUGAAAAUGUUUAUCUGACUGAUGAAUAAUGCAGUUGCAGCUUGGUUUACAUGUAAAUCAACAUUGUACAUUACAAACUGAAGAAGUUUUUUCCUCAGAACAGACAUUACUUUUGAAGGAUUGAAAGCAGCGUUAAAAGAGUUUGAAGUGAAAGAGUAUGGGUUUUUGUUCUUGUGAAAAGUGAAGAGUCUUCUGUGAAUUUGAAGAAAAUAAAAAAAUAUAAAAUCCAAAAGCAAGAUAUUUUCAAAAUAUUUUCUGAGUAUUUAUGCAACCAUCAUCAAAUACACGUUUCCUCGUAAGGAAUCACAUAGUGUAUACAUGAAACUGCCUUAUGGAAAACUAAAUUAAAAAUGUGCCAAGUGUGACUGAAGAUGGAUGGCUUCAUUAUGUUGACUAAAUGUGAUAUAAUGGACAUUUUGGUUUAUAAUAUUCCUUUUGUUUGGCUGCCAUAUCCUUACAUACUGUAAGAAAUGCUUGGACCUUCAAAAGUUUCCUUAUUUGGAUGCCAGUGAGAGUUCUGCAUUAAGCUGUUCUUCCAUGAGUGACUUUCCUAAUACUUUUAAAAGCUUCGUGUGUAAAUUUAGCUUUCAUUCAAAAUAAUAAAAAGAAAAAAAAAGUGCAAUGCUGAGGAUAAACUUUCAAAGAGACUGAAAGGUGAUGUCAUUCCCCUUUUUCAGAAUAAAGAAAGGACUUUUUGAAAACUGUAGUGUUCAUAUACUUGAGCUUCCAAAUGGUAUUGAAAAUUGAUUUCUUUAUCUCCAGUUUUAUGGUGAAUGUUGACAUGUCUGUACUGUACUACCAAUGAGAUAAGCUAACUCAUAGACCUUCGAAUCCAGUCUCGGUGCCACAUUAACUGAAGCUGGUUUGUCAGUCACUUAGGAUUUCAAUAGUAUUGUUAAAUGUAUGUGUGUAUCAUACUUGUUAGUUCUGUGUUUUAUUUUUAUUAUUAAUUUUAAUGAAGAUUGUUUGUUGCUAUAUUUCCCCUACAUGCUUGUAUUCAGACUCCUUUCCUCUUAGUGUUCAUACCAUUUUGGUAUAGGAUUUCUGUGUAUAGUUACUCUGUGAUUCCUCAAUCCUUCGGACUGAUAAACAGCUGCAAUAUAUGAGUUUUAUGUAAAUAUGAUACAAUAGGAUUAGUUAAUAGAGUUUUUUUAUUGGAAGUACAUUUUUAGGUGAAAACUGAAUUUUGCCUCGUAAGUAUUAUGUUUAUAUAAACAUUCAAUUUAUGAUUUUUGUAGGUAAAAAAAAAGAAGAAAAAAAGCUUGAAAUGUCAAACUCUAGCUUUAAAAUAUGGCAUCCCUUAUUACUCACUUUACAGUUUAGUUAAUAUUCCAACAUAUCUUAAGCAAUAAUAAUAUUGUCAUAUGGUAAUUUUUCUUCAGAAUAUCCUAAUUCAUUACUGUUGUGGUGAAGACUGCCAGAAAAUAAGGAGAGAUCUUUGUUGAAUACAGUGGGAUGAUUUUUCUAUGCCUUCAAUAAUAAUGUAAGGAUUGUCAGGAAGAUUGUAUGCUGUUGGUUAUACAUAAUAAUGUAUAUUUUAACUGCUCUCAAACUUGUGUAUUUUUUACAAAAGAUAUUUACUGUAUAUUGCCAGUACUAUUUUUUGGAACCUGUACAAAAGAUUGUAUUGUGCAAUAAAAUUCAAUUGCUCCAC